AUGGGUCUUCAGUGUGCUAAACCAAAAGAGAAAAAAGCAAUCAAAGUACUUGAGAGUAAACAAAACUAAAGCGGUCCUUCAACACUCAGCACCACGAAAGAGGCUAUAGAUUUUGUGGAAAGUUAAUCUUUAGCCAAUUUGAUGAGAACAAAACCAGUCAAAGAAUAUUUAACAGAGUAAAUUGCAAAUAAUCAACUCUAUGUCGAUUCUUGUGAUAUACUGGCAGAAAGAAUUGAAGGAAAAUCUUAAUUAAUACUCAGAUCUUACAAUAACUAUACUGAGAAGGCCUUAAAAAUUAAAGCCAAAGUUUUAGAAUAUUACCGAAAUGAAUAUCUAAACUAUAUCAAUUCUAAAAAUGAUACUCCUAAAAAUAGAGAGUUUAUCAUAAAAGAAACCAUUUAAUUAUUUGUAGAAACAACAAUCAUUCUAAAUUGUUUAAUGGAUAAAAACUUCGACGAUGAGUCAGAAUUAUGGUGGGGAGGUGACUACUUUGGUGAUCGUAUGAAACAGCUCUCUCUUAUUGCUGAUACUUCAGAAAAUACUGAUUCUAUCACUGCUCCCAUCUUACAAUAUUUAGACGCUUUAAAAUGCAGAAUACUCUAGGUGAUUCCCAUUUUACCAAGUUAAACUAAGUCUAUUACUAACAGUGUAGCCAUUACCAAUGUCCAUCUGACCCAGUUUUAUAAAGAUUUGAAAUUAGAGUUUGCAAGAGAUGUAGAAGAAGAAGUUAAUUGA